AUGGCACUGCGGUUCGAGGCAUCAUACCCAGAGGGACUGUGUCCUGGUUGGAGCGUGAUAGUUAAAGGCGAAGCGAGCUCCAAUGCAAAUAUGUUUGAAAUUAAUUUCCUCUGCAAUGCAGGAGACCAAAUCGCUUUCCACUUUAACCCUCGCUUCUCUGACUCCAAAAUCGUCUGCAACUCCUUCCUAUCCAACCGCUGGGGGCCGGAAGAAGUAACUGACACCUUCCCCCUUAAAGCCAAGGAACCUUUCCAGAUUGAAAUCUACUCUGACUCAGACUAUUUCCAUGUUUCCAUUGAUGAAAACAAAAUCCUCCAGUACAAGCAUCGGCAGAAACAGCUCUCGGCUAUCACCAAACUGCAGGUCGUGAAUGAUGUCAGAAUUUCUUCAAUGGAAAUCACCAAACGUGGUCUUUAUUAGGCACUAAAGCUGGGAUGGGAUCUCCAGCCUACCCACCCUUAAGAGCCCUGCCCCAGUAGGCAACUGGUUACCCUCUCUCCUCCCUCUCCCACCCAUCAUCUGCUGUCUCCAGCAGGAAGGAUGUUGCUGGAGAACACUAUAGCACAGAGUUGUCAUGCCCAUGAUGUACUCUAUCCUAGCAAUACAAUGGCAAUACACAGUGAGCUCAUUAUGUCAGUCAGUCCAGAUCCCUAGAGUCAUUCUGACGCCAUGUGCCCUACGGUGGAGAACUGGAAGUCUAGGCAUUUUCAUCCUUGUUUGUCGUAAUGAACAAUGGCAUUCCACACAGCAGUUUGUUGUGUGUGGCAGUCUGCACUGAAUGGUAAGACUAUUUGAAUUUUAUCCAAGCAAAUAU